AUGACUAUCAAUUCACAUGACAGAAAUAUAUCUAAUUCAAAGACGCCGAACCAUUUGAUUCUAGUCCCAUGUCAUGGGAUAUAUAAACGUGGAGAUCCAAAACAAAGAAAUUCAUGGCAUUUAGCUAAUUUUCAAAUUCAAGGCAAUGAUCAUUUAUGUUUCAUUGAACAUAUAGAGAGAGCACAUGCUGAACUUGAGAAAAAUCCUAAUGCUUAUUUGAUAUUCAGUGGUGGAGAAACCAAGAUUGAGGCAGGUCCAAUUUCUGAAGCUUUCUCCUAUUUUAAAUUAUAUCAAGAAUUAUAUAAUGAGAAGGUCGAUUACUUAAAAUGUACAACUGAAAAUUAUGCAACUGACUCAUUUGAAAAUGUCAUCUAUCUGUUUUGUAGAUUUUAUGAAGUACAUGGUGUUUAUCCCGAAAUGGUUACAAUUGUUGGAUUUGAAUUCAAAAGAGACAGAUUCUUGAAACUUCAUUUACAUCAAGCAUUAGGAUAUUCAGUAAGUGCUGUAAUCUAUAUCGGAAAUUCUCCAAAGCUAAUCGAUUCGUCCAAAGAAGAAGAAGAAAAGUAUUUUAAGGAUUUGAGGAAUGCUGAAUACAACAACGCUUAUGAACUUUUUAAAAGUGACUGGUACGGAAUUGGUCAUAAGUUAUCUAAGAAAAAAAUAUCUCGAAAUCCAUUCCGUCGUCAUCAUGGGUAUGAACAAGUAAAUCAUAAAUUGGUCAAUCUUUUAAGAGCAAUGAAUCAAAGCUCGACAAGUUUGGUAGUGGAGGAGCAAAACUUUAGAAUCAGAAAGACAAUACCAUCUUGGAAUGAAAUAAAUGAUUAA